CCCAAUGACCCCUAGGUGCACUCUAUAAGCUUUUAAGAAGGAGGGAGGGAUGUGAACCUCACAGGAAGUCCUUUCCCAACUGCUAAAGCACGAUCACAGCUAGUGACUAGCACAGUCCUGUUUACGUGCACGUUUCGUGGCAGAGCCUCCUCCUAAUCUGACAGUGCCUGAGAAUUAAUCUUGUUCACCCAGCUGCUGCAAUAGGAUUAUAGAAAGGGGAAGUGCGUCACAAGGCUCCUUGGAAAUUGAGGAAUGCAAUUCUGCCACCAUGAUGGAAGGAUUGAAAAAGCGUACAAGGAAGGCCUUUGGUAUACGGAAGAAAGAAAAGGACACUGAUUCCACAGGAUCGCCAGACAGGGAUGGAGUUCCACCCAGCCCUCAUCCUUAUGAGCUACCUUCCAAUAACAAACCAGAGUGUGCGUGUGAAGGAGGAAAAAAAGUUUCGAAGAAAAGUAAUGGAGCUCCAAAUGGAUUUUACGCAGAGAUUGACUGGGACCGAUAUAAUUCACCUGAGCUUGAUGAAGAGGGAUACAGCAUCAGACCAGAAGAACCAGGCUCUACCAAAGGAAAGCACUUUUAUUCCUCAAGUGAAUCGGAAGAGGAAGAGGAGGCACAUAAGAAGUUUAACAUUAAGAUUAAGCCUUUGCAGGCUAAAGACAUUCUUAAAAGCGCAGCAAAUGUAGAUGAGCUGAAAGCAUCAAUAGGCAACAUCGCACUUUCUCCAUCUCCAGUGAGGAAAAGUCCGAGGCGCAGCCCGGGUACAAUUAAAAGGAAUUUAUCCAGUGAAGAGAUAGCACGACCCAGGCGCUCGACACCAACUCCGGAACUUGCAAGCAAAAAAGCCCCAGAUGAUCCUACAGCCCUUGCCCCUUUGUUUGGCCCACCACUGGAGUCAGCAUUUGAAGAACAGAAAUUGGAAGCUCCUCUAGACCAGCCUGAGAUCUGGGGUUCUGUUCAGCCAGUGAAUUCGAGUUUAGAAUCUCCAAAAUUACCGAGACCUUUUCCAACUGGAACACCUCCGCCACUUCCACCGAAAAAUAUUCCAGCCACGCCACCUCGGACUGGCUCUCCUCUAACAGUUGGAAUAGGAAGUGACCAGAAAGCAACAGAGGUCAAAAGUGACAAACUACCAUCAAUGAAUGACUUGGACAGCAUUUUUGGCCCUGUAUUAUUUCCCAAGUCUGUUGCUGUUAACGCAGAAGAUAAGUGGGUCAAUUUUUCUGAUCAGUCCCCGGAAAACGUAACUCCAGAGUUGACUUCAAGGGAAAAAGUGGUGUCUCCACCUCUGGCACCAGAAACGGCAGCUGAAUCUCCAGCUGUUGAAACCUCUCGCAGUGUUCCAUCUCCACUCAAUUUAGAAGAGGUUCAGAAGAAAAUUUCUGACCAGACCCACGUUAAAGAUGAUAACUUAGAAUCAGCAGCAUCUCCUAAAGAUUUUGGGUUGGGACAGAGAGCUACACCACCUCCCCCUCCGCCUCCUACCUACAGAACAGUGGUGUCAUCACCUGGACCCAGCUCUAGCAGUGGCACAGGAAGCACCAGUGGUUCUUCAUCUCCUGCUCGUCCAGCAACUCCGCUGGCUGCCUGUAGCAGCACCACCCCACCCCCUCCUCCACCUCGACCCCCAUCUCGGCCAAAACUUCCUCCAGGGAAGCCUGGAGUUGGUGAUGUGUCCAGGCCUUUUAGCCCUCCUAUUCACUCAUCCAGUCCUCCUCCGAUAGCACCUUUAGCCCGUGCUGAAAGUACUUCUUCCAUAUCCUCCACCAAUUCCUUGAGUGCAGCCACUACUCCCACAGUUGAGAAUGAACAGCCUUCCCUCGUUUGGUUUGACAGAGGAAAGUUUUAUUUGACUUUUGAAGGCUCUUCUAGGGGACCAAGUCCUUUAACGAUGGGGGCACAGGACACUCUCCCUGUAGCAGCAGCAUUCACGGAAACGGUUAAUGCAUACUUCAAAGGAGCAGACCCUAACAAAUGCAUAGUGAAGAUAACUGGAGAAAUGGUGCUGUCAUUUCCUGCAGGAAUUACCAGACAUUUUGCCAAUAAUCCAGCUCCAUCUGUUCUAACUUUUCGUGUGAUAAAUUACAACAGGUUAGAACAUGUCCUGCCAAAUCCUCAACUUCUCUGCUGUGACAGUACACAGACUGAUGCCAAUACAAAGGAAUUCUGGGUAAACAUGCCAAAUCUGAUGACUCAUCUAAAGAAAGUGUCUGAGCAGAAACCACAAGCUACAUAUUACAAUGUGGACAUGCUCAAAUAUCAGGUAUCUGCCCAGGGUAUUCAGUCUACUCCAUUAAACCUUGCAGUGAACUGGCGGUGUGAAUCUACAAGCACUGACCUUCGCAUCGACUACAAAUAUAAUACAGAAGCAAUGACUACACCAGUAGCUCUGAACAAUGUCCAGUUCCUUGUUCCCAUGGAUGGAGGAGUAACUAAACUUCAAGCUGUGCUUCCACCUGCUGUUUGGAAUGCUGAACAGCAAAGAAUAUUGUGGAAGAUCCCUGAUAUCUCCCAGAAAUCAGAAAAUGGAGGUGUAGGUUCUUUGCUGGCAAGAUUCCAGCUCUCCGAAGGACCAAGCAAACCUUCCCCAUUGGUAGUGCAGUUUACCAGUGAAGGAAGCACUCUGUCCAGCUGUGACAUUGAACUUGUUGGAGCAGGGUACCGGUUUUCACUCAUUAAAAAGAGAUUUGCAGCAGGAAAAUACUUGGCUGAUAACUAAUGGAAGCAUAUGCAAGUAUAUGGAAAAUCCAUAUAACCAAGGACUGCUGUAUAUCGAACGGGUUUUAUUUACAGUUUAAGGAAAAUGAACUAAAUCCUGCACUUGGGACAUUUCUGUUGGAAGUGUCAGCGACUUUCAGCAUUUUUUCCUCAGAAAACACUGUUUUGACCAGUCUUACAGUAUUUACUUCUAGAUGUAACAUUGUUAAUGGUUUUAAAAUGUAAUUAUUGUAUUUGUAAAUUGUACUCAUUCCAGUAAGGCUGUAUUUUGGCAGUUAGACACCUGAGUUUUAGCAUUUUACCAUUCAUGAAAUGGAUGUAAUUUAAACUGUGGUAUAUAAAUUUAAUAGUAGUACUGUUGAAUGGCACAAUGCUUACAGAGGUAGAUUACAUUUUGUCAAUAUAUAAGAUUUAAAUACAAUACAGAUAGCUGUUAUAAAGGGGGUGCCUCAUAAAAAAAAAAAAAGUUAAGUAGAACCUGCAAACUGAUCUACUUUUUCUUCAGUCCUUAGUAUGUCUUAUAGUGAUAAAUUAAAAGCUCUAUCUUCAGAUGUUUAGCUGUAACUGCAAAACAAUAUUUCAGUAAAUGUUGAGGUUUAUGACUUAUUCUCCUUCAAAAAGCAAAACAGAAGAGUCUCACUUAAAAAUCUCACUUUUAUUUUAAAUGGUCAUAACAAAAAAAAAAUCUUUCCAACAAUGACCUUUUACUUCUAUGCCCUGCAGAUUAACUGUAAGAAAUUCCAGUUACCAUUAAAUAGGUGUUGGACUCUUGGAUUUUCCCCCAAUAUUCUGACACAUUACAGAUGUGCAGAUUAUGAAUUUAGAAGGCAGUUUAAGACGUUCAGUGAUGACUUUGAGCCUACAGGCCUCCGACCAGAUCUAAAGUUACUGUAUUAAAUGGCAUAUUUUUCAACAACUGUUUCCUGUUUUGCAGUCCUGUCUAUAGGCUUGUUUGGCUAGUUUUCUUUUCCUCUCUAUUUUUUGACUAUAAAUAAUGUGCAAAAUGCUUUAUAGAUUUGUAAGAAGAUGUUCCUUGUCCAAAGAUCUUACCUUUUAAGCAGACAAAAACACAAGUAUAUGGAAAAAGAAUGCAAGAUAAUCCUGAUAUUUAGCUCUCGUUUGACACUUUUAUUCACAUAUCUUGAAGUAUGUUGUGUAGGCGAAUGGUUUAUCUCUGUUUCACAUGGGGGGAAACUGAGGCAUUGUCUUGCCUUAGGUAAAAGUGAGUCAGUGGCAAAGGCAAGAAUAAAAUCUUGGUCUCCUAAAUUUGUCUUGCCACAGGACAUCUCUGCUUUGAGGAAAAAGCCUGAAUGGUUACAAUGGCCAGUUCAAAUGUCUCAAAAGGUUUGAAGGUUAUUUCCUGUGCCUAUAAUGGAGUAAGCCAGUAGCACUAGUAGACAUUUUUUAAAGUGCAGCCAACCCUGUGUACACUUGAGUGCACAGCUUGUUCGUUCCAUGACUUUGAUUUGGUAAUAUUUUUUUUUCAGCUUGAAAUGUAAUAUAAGCUAAACAAAAAAGCUUUGGGCUGAUGCAUGAAAUGGGAUGACUAGUUACAUAGCUGAGCAGUUAAUUGGGCCUGUUUGUCCUUUUUGCCUGCACAAAACUUGCGUUUGUACAUGAAGAUCUUGCAUCAGAAAAUGACUGUUCUUAGAGGGGGGGGGAAAAUUUCUUUGAGGAAAUGCACUAUGAGAAUAAAAAAGGCUGUGUAACAUGAGGCUGUUGCUAAAACUCUGGCUCUAAAUAUUUCCUCUAGGAUCAGAAAAGCCAGCCCUAGUCUUAGGGCUGUGCUUACUGUUCCUGUGGACCUGGGAACAGAAUGGCAAGUCAAGGCUCUCUAGUGUGGAUGCAAGAUGUAAAAUUUGCCUUGUUUAUAGGAUAUUAUUUUAGAGAAAUAUUAUUUAAGUUUUGAAAACUUAAAAAUGUGCAGUUUAAUAGAUGAAUACGCUGGUCUUCAUGAGAAAACACACGGUAUUUUUGUUUCGACAGUUCUCUUCAGUUCUUUCACUCUUGCAUGUGAGACUAUUAACUUCACAAAUUUUCACGCCUGCUGUGGUGACUAGCUUUUGCUUUUACACUUUGUACUUUGAAAAGCCUUCGGAUAAGAAGCACUUCUUGUUGUGUAUAAACUGUCAAAUGAAAGAUGGGCUGUAGAUCCAAACACUUCAGCCUGGAGGGAAGUUGGAUUAUCUAUUGCUCUUUGUGUAAAGGACAAUUUAAAAACAUUUUUUUAGUAAAAAUUGAUAUGUCAUAGCCUACUGCUGGCAACAUGGUGAUAGAAUUUGUGAUAUUCAUGGCAUGAUGGCUGAGAAGGUGAAAAGCCAGUUUCCGUCUCAUUUAAAUAAAAGAAUCUUAUGUGUUUUUUAAAAAAAAAGAAAAAACCUAUUCAAAAUAAAUACUGAAGUUGUUCCAAUAUUGAGGUGCACAGAAAACUAGAACCAUGCAUUGCUUGUGGUGUUGGAUAUCCUACAAGUGUUAGGAUAGUACUUAUUUUACUCUCUCAGAUGUUGGCAGCAAAAGGCUUACAAAUAUCACUUCAAGGUAAAAAAAUUUCUGGCAUGUAUAUCAAUUCGAUGUGCUGAAAAGUGCUUAUUAGCAACAGAUUUUUCAGAGUGCUUUAAAAAAAUACAGAAAACAGGGGUAAUUUUUAGAGCACAUUUUAUACUUUACAGAGACUUCUAGAUUAAACUGAUUCAGAAAUGUACUUGAUAACCAAUCUUCGUGCAUGUUCACAAAAAAUUAAAUAUAAGAGUACGGGAUAAAGUGCAAUCAAAUUUUGAAAAUUCACACGUUCUCCCGGCAUUUGGAAGUGAACAUGACAAUAUUUCAAAAGGGAAUAUUGACCCAAAAGUUUGAUUUCCUCCUUCCCUCCUCCCCUUCUCAGUGAUUGGAAAUAGGGUUCUGUGUACUGUGUAAGCUAUAUCUAUUUGAAAAUAUGAAUUAAAUAUAUGGGAAGCAAUUUAAAAUGAACAACCUACAAGAAAAAAAAAAUUAUUUUUUUUGUAAUUAGUUCAUAAAAUAUACUGAGUAUCACUUAGCAAUCCUUGCUUCAAGAGUGGGUCCAUAUUGCAUUCUGGAAAAGAAUGUGUUGUCUUUUUUAAUGCAAAUAUUGCAGGUAACAUGCAUCUCACUUUAUUUUAAGGAGCCUUAGAAUUUAAUGUAAACACCGAUUAUGGCAGCUUUUUAAAAUAAUGUUGCCAAAAAAAGACUAGUUCUACUUAUGCUAGAAAAGGCCCCCAAAAAAUUCAUGAAAGGACUACAUGUCCAUGCUGUACAUGUACAACUUGGUAACUGAAAUAAAAAUGCAUGCAUUCCCUGAUGUGAACUGAAUAUGAGUAGACAAGAGUAGGAUGCAUAGGUACCUCUACACCAAUAUGCAGCACUAUGUUAGAAGUAAAAAGUAGUAAAUACUGCCGUCUGUUAUGAAAAAAGCUGUGUUCUGUUGAAGGAAACCCUCAUGGUAAAACAAUAUCUUAUGAAGACUGAAUUGUAACAAGGCUGAAACACAAGGUAUUUCCAUAGGGGAGAGUAAGUAUGUCAAGUAACUGUAACUUUUUAUCCAGAACUGACUGUUUGAUUUAGUCAAAUCUGGAAUUGUCCAUCCCAACUAGUGAAACAGUUGUACCAUGUCAGAAGGGCAAUUCUAUUGAAGAAUGAAUUGCGUAGACUUGGCUCUGCUCCACUGCCUCUGCUCUGCUCAAUGUAUCCCUGAUUUUUUUUGUUUGAAUGAGAGGUGGUAGGUCUUGUUAGGACCGUUCCCAGAAAUGCCAAGAAUGAAUGCAAGUGUCCAAAGUAAUCUAGUCUAGCACUUGUGUAGUCCCUGGAUCUAUUAACUUCAGAAUCCUUAACUAAUCUGUAGGCUUUGAGUACAUUUGCACACAUGUGCAUGGUGAGGCUGUAGGUGAGGCUUAGAUCAAAUGUGCAGCAAAUUUGGUGUUUGAAUGCAUACAUUCAGAUGUGUGCACGCAAAGUAUAAGAACAGCAAACUGAGCCCUACACAAGAAUCCCUAAGAAGAAUGUGCCUGUGAAAACACACCAAAAAUCAUGAGGCAAGUUACAAGUCAUCUUUCCUCAAAAUAAAAAUUCAGCAAGUAUGUUUUAGUAAAGAAAGGGUGGGUAAAUGUGCACGUGGCAUCUUUGAUGUACUCUGUCAGGCUCUACAGCCUGUUAACCUACUUUGGGCAGCACCAGUGGAACAUAAGCAUAGCCUAGUUGGCCAAAUGAAGAAAUUGCCCAAUCUACCUGAAUCUCCCAGUGGUGCAGAGCUACCAUGGUAUUCCUUCCCAGCCACUGUUGGAGGCACGUAGCCACGGUGUCCCUAAGCCUGCCUGCCUGAUUUCCAGCUCCCAGAAUGGGUCCUGCUGGCAACUGAUUUAAGAUAGCCAGCCUUCAGAUUGCUCUUACCCUUGGUAAAUCCCAGCCCCCAUUUAUGCAGAGCACAGCACAGUACCUAUGAGAUGACUUUGUGUCCCUUCAGCUGGGAUAGUUUUCAAACCAGCAAAUUCUUAUAGGGCAGUUUUUCCAAUACAUUAAUGUUAAACAGGGUUCUCUCCAGUAUCACUUACUAGUGGUCUUCUCUUUUCUACAUAUUUUCUACAUUCCUGUGUCAGAAAAGUUCAGUCUACAUUGAUUAAUUAUUUCUUCUGUUCCUAUCAGGGUCUCACUGUGGGGAAAGGGUAAAAAGAUUCUCAUCUAGGUUCAGCUCCUUUACCAUGCAGGUCCCUUUCAAUAUGCAUUUGGGGCAACUAGUGGAGUUUUUUAGUCUUCCAGCAGUGGUGCUGUUUGGGGAGGAAGAGUUUAAAUGUACUAGUUUCAUACUGAUAUUUGAUUCUGGCAUGUGCCUUUCCUCAUCCACAUGAGUGUGGGUAGAUGCUAACAGCUCAGGAUAUAUGGGUAGCAUUUAUGGGAGGUAUCAGAGGCCAAUUUUGAGCACCAUCCACAUAAGAGACUACAAUAAGAUAAUUCUACCACUUGAUUCACACUUCUGCACUAGCUAAUAGCAUAAGUUUUCUCUUCCUUGCAGCAGAGCCAUUACCUUGCAAAUUCCAAAAAAAUUCAGAUACUUCACAAGCCAUCUCACAAGCCCCUGUAACAUGUAAAGAUAUGAAUCUGUCUCAUACAAGUGCUUUCUUCUUCUUAUACACAUGUCCCCCUGGAGAAAAAGAGAUGUAUGAGUAUAAAGUUAGAAAACUAAAUUCUUCUAGCUUUUUGUCGUUAAGUAACAUUCAACUUAUACAAGCUAUUUUUUAAGAUGAGGGCAAGUGUAAUAUCUUUCCUAGAGGAGGACUGAAGUCAGUUUAUCUGGCUUUAAUUAUCUGGGAGUAGCUUAACAGCAUUUGAAUUGAGUGUUUUGAUUCAGCCUACUAUGAACAUUGUAGUCAUCAGCAAAAUUCAAAUAAAAACAGGUCUGGAUUUUUAGCUUCCUCAAAAUGUUUUUCAUUUGGGCCUAUUCCUUUUUCUGUGACAAAUAAAAUAGUAUGUAUAAAUAGACCUUUAUUGAAAACAAUACACUCAACUGCUUUUCUCCACAAGUUUUCUCCUUCAUUGUUUCUGAUAUGCUCUUUAAGACCCCAGGAUUGCAAAAUUUCAGUACAAGUAAGAUUCACAUUGAGUUUAGAGGGAAUUUUACUUCCAGCAUUGCCAUAGACAUGGGUCUUUAGAUCUUAAUAAAGAAGAGAUUAACUUUUUUUUACUUUUCUUCUGUCUAUUGUGAACAUGUUUCUGCCACUGAAAUGCAAAAAGAGGUCUUUCUGGUUCACUACAUAGUGGGAGCGGCCACACGAGAUGCAAACUGUGCAGUAGCCUAAUAACAAUGCACAGCAGCGUGCCAGGCAGAAACCAUGCUACUUUGCUACUGUGCAGUAGUAUUAGGCUACUGUGCAGUAAGUGUCACUAAAAACCCAUCCACCAGCACUACUGUGCAGUAGCAUGAGUUACUGUGCAUUGAUUUAGUACUUGGUUAACCAAGUACCAAACUUAAUGUACACUAACUGUGGCGCAGUAAUGAACGUGUGGAUGUGCCCACUAUGUUCUACAGUACCAUGUAUCAGAAUGGUGCCUGCUUAGAACUAUCUGCUGCUAUAAAGUAAUUUAUAGCAGAAUUGUAGUGUUUUGGGUGAAAGAAUUGUAGAGUUUUGUUCUUUUCUCUCCCUCCAGUACCAUUUAUCAUCAGAGUAUUCUUUUGGGGAAAGUCAAAGCUGUGGCCUAAACAAUUUGGCUGUGGUAUCAUAAUUCUCAAAUAAUCUAUAGUUCUCUUUGUACAGGACUUUUUAGACCAAUUUUCCACCUUGGCAUAUUUCUUAUUAUCUAUCGAAAAUCAUUCAAAAUUAUGAAAAACUACCUUAUAAAAGUGAUAGAUUUGGCUUUUAUUUUUCUUCUUCAAUAUCACUCCCUCAUUGUACAGCUUUUUCUUUUAAGGGUUCUUGCUGUAAAGAUCCAUCUUAAAUUAACGUCCCUUUAUAUAACACAAGUAUAAUGUGACGUAGAAAAUGUUUGCCACACAGCCUUAUAGAAAGGGGGUUUUGUUACAAAUGGGUGUCUUCUGUAUGCAGUCUAGACUCCUAAAAUAUUAGUGGGUUUUUUUUAUUUAUUCUUAUCUGCAGCAUGACAGUUUUAGGUAUACUUUAUUACAGUUACAUUCCAAAGUAUAGAAAGGAAAAAAUGUCAUUAUGUGUUGUAAUGUUAAGCUGAAAAUCUAGUUCACCCAAACCAAAAUAUUGUUUCUGUUUACUAGAGACAGGACAAAAAGAGAAGCCCCUUUAUAGGAGAGAGUGUAGGUUGGGUUUUUUUUCUGUUGCUUUCUGUGUAUAGGAGGAUAUAAUACCUGCAGUCUGCUCUGCACAGCGGACAUGGAAGAAUGUCAUUACAGUAUGUAAUUAUGAAAUAUCUAUCUGCACUUUUGACAAUGAAGAUCCAGCUAUUUAUCUCUUUGUUUGUAUUAAAGUGAGCAGAAAUAAAUAAUUAGGUAUUUC